UUUGAUAUCAAAUAUAUAUCGUUGUGAAGCCUCUCUCUCUCUCUCUCUCUCUGGAACCCUAAAAUUUCAUUCGAUCUUCUUCUCUACAAACCUAGAUCACUAUGCAACGUGGUACCAUGGCCGAUCAGCUGUCCCCCGACCAGAAGUCAAAGUUCAAGGAGGCGUUCAGCCUUUUCGACAAGGACGGCGAUGGCUCCAUCACUACCAAAGAGCUCGGCACUGUGAUGCGCUCACUUGGGCAGAACCCGACCGAAGAAGAGCUUCAAGAUAUGAUCAACGAGGUUGAUGCCGAUGGAAGCGGUACCAUGGAAUGCCAAGAGUUCCUUGAACUGAUGGCCAAAAAGAUUAAGGGCACUGAUUCCGAUGAGGAGCUCAAGGAAGCGUUUCGGGUGUUUGAUAAGGACCAGAAUGGCUUCAUUUCUGCCGCCGAGCUCCGUCAUGUCCUGACGAAUCUCGGCGAGAAGCUGACAGAUGAGGAAAUUGGUGAGAUGGUUAGGGAGGCUGAUUUGGAUAGAGAUGGACAAAUCAACUAUGAGGAGUUUGUCAAAGUUAUGGUGGCCAAGAGAGGACGAAGCCGGAGCAGCGGACACGGUAACAUGAAUUCUUCUUCAAGGGAACACAAGACUAAGAACGGCCGUACUAAACAGCGUAUACGCCAAUAUAUUUCUGCCUGUAGUGUAAUGUAAUAUGCACAUUGAUGACAAGAAUUACCAUAUAUAUGUAUAUAUAAUAUAUAUUGCUAAUGUAUACAUUAUUAUCCAUAAAAAAGGUUUUUCAGUUAAA